CCUGGGGAACAACUCUGUCACUCGCUCUGUGCUCUUGCCUGGGACUGGUUGCCACAACCGUGCUCUGAAGCAACACCGUUUUGUGUACCAGCUGUCGUUCUUACGUACGAAACCGUGCAAACAUGCCGAAGAAGGGUCUGCUUGAGAGGUUGGACACCGGGGUAGUCAUCGGCGACGGUGGUUUCGUUUUUGCUCUGGAGAAGCGUGGCUACGUUAAGGCCGGUCCAUGGACUCCAGAGGCCACCGUAGAAAACCCUGAAGCAGUCCGUCAGCUUCAUCGAGAUUUCCUCAGGGCGGGAUCGGAUGUCAUGCAGACCUUUACUUUCUACGCCAGCGAUGACAAGUUGGAAAACCGCGGCAACAAGGCUCAGCAGAAAUACACGGGAGCCAUGAUUAACCAGCGAGCUUGCGAGAUCGCCAGGGAGGUGGCCAACGAAGGAGACGCGCUGGUGGCUGGCGGCAUCUCCCAAACGCCCACCUAUCUGACGGGGCUGGGCAAGGAGGCCGUACAGAAGGAAUUCGAGAAACAACUUAAGGUCUUUGUGGAUAACAAGGUGGACUUCAUGAUCACUGAGUACUUCGAGCACGUCGAGGAGAUUGUUUGGUCCAUUGAGUCCAUCCAGAAGAUGUGCCCAGGAAUGCCCAUCUGUGCUACCAUGUGCAUCGGACCGGAAGGCGACAUGCACGGCGUGUCAACAGGCGAGUGCGCGGUCAGGAUGGCCAAGGCAGGUGCUGACGUUAUCGGGAUCAACUGCCACUUCGACCCAGACAUUGUCCUGGCCGGCCUCAAGCUGAUGAAGGAGGCUCUGACCAAGGCCGGCUACAAGAAGCACUUGAUGGCCCAGCCAUUGGGAUUCAAGACACCUGAUGCCACCAAGCAAGGAUUCAUCGACCUUCCAGAGUUUCCGUUUGGUCUGGAGCCGCGUAUCCUGACUCGAUGGGACUGCCACAAGUACGCCAGGGACGCCUACGAGCUCGGGGUGCGCUUCAUUGGAGCCUGCUGCGGCUUCGAACCUUACCACGUGCGAGCCUUAUCCGAGGAGCUGGCUAAGGAGCGGGGUCGCCUGCCCGCCGGCUCAGAGAAGCACGGUCCUUGGGGAGAUGGGCUGAGACAGCACACCAAGCCAUGGGUGAGAGCAAGGGCCCGUCGUGAAUACUGGGAGAAUCUGAAGCCGGCCAGCGGUCGGCCGUACGCCGCUGGCUUGUCCAAACCGGACGAAUGGGGCGUUACUCAGGGUGACGACCUGCUCAAACAACAGGCCAAACUUACCAGUGACGAGGACCUGAAGAAGCUCUGGACCAGAGACUGAGACUUAUAAUAGUGUUGUGUCGUUUGUCUUCUGAAAGCUGCAAAGAUAAUGCUGAAAGUGUGUCCAAGAUAUUGCUUAUGUUCCUCUAGCUUUAACAAAGCCUGCGGGUUAAGGAAUUGACCAAAGGCGUCAGUUGUUUUGAUAACGAUUUAGGAUGAUUUUUCAUAGAGAUAAGUCCCUACGUAUAGAAAUCAAUACUGUAUAACACCCUGUGUAUUUUUCAUUUGUGCAAAUAUUGUCUCUUUGCAUUUCUGCCCAGACCAGCUUUUUACUGCAUUUAAUUGCACGGUAACUCAAGUUUGCUGUAUUGUUAUUCUCUGGAUGUCUGGAGGUGUACAGAAACCGCAAACAGCUUAUUUUGUUCGUAAACUAUUUAGCACCAGCGUGUCUGACAGUCUAUACGUACCAGACGUUUCAAAAGUGGGAAAGUUAUUUGAUUCGUUCAAUUUUUGCUAAACUGCAGUCAUCAAAGAUAUUGGUAAAUAUUUUAAAGUAAAGUAAUCGAUAUUCGAGCAUUAAGGAAUAUCAAUAAAAACAAAUGUUACAAAGAUCAGACGGGACAAGU